GGGGCAGCUUUUGGGAUUGCUGGGACUGCCAGCAGGCUGGGGAGGGCGGGCACCGAGGAGAAGGGGGACCCCCAAUGCAAGUGUAACCCCAGCAGCUGGGACAGGGGGAACUCCGAAGAGCAGAGGGGAGGGACAAGGGACAGGAAGCUCUUGGUAGGAUUUUUAGGGCUGAACCUUGGUGUUUGAGAGGUUUUUCUGGAGCCCAGAUAGCCGGUGACUUCUCGAGGUGGGCUCGGGCAGAUGGACCUUCAAAUUCAACGUGCUCAUCCCUUAUUUUCCUCAAACCAUGAUUUCUCAUUGCCAACCCCUGGGAGGCUGUGAGGAAGAGCAAGAUGCCCUGGGACAAUGAGGCAGGUGAGGAGGAAGUCAGUGCCCCUUUCCCCCUCUCUCCUGCUCCAUCUCCCAGCUCAGCACAGCAGAACCUCGUGGCAGAGGCCGUUUUGAGCGGCUCCACGGCACAGGAACCCAACGGGGAGGAAAAGCCCCGGAGAUGCCACACGAGGAGGGGCUGCAAAUGCAGAUCACGGGGAUCUGAGGAGGAAAGAGCCAGCCUGGGCCGGGAAGGCGGCUGGAGAUGGAGCCAGAGCUCAGAGCUGGUGGUCCAUGAGCAGCUCCAUGAUGGGGAGAAGCCCCACAAGUGCUUGGAGUGUGGGAAGAGCUUCAGGAGGAGCUCCAGCCUGAUCAGGCACCAGGUGAUCCACAGUGGGGAACGGCCCUACGAGUGUGGGGAAUGCGGGAAGAGCUUCAGACUUCGCACCAACCUGAUCUACCACCAAAAUAUCCACUCUGGGGAGAGGCCCUACGAGUGUUCCAAGUGUGGGAAGGGGUUUUGGAUCCGCUCCCAUCUUUUCUGGCACUAUCGGAUUCACACAGAGGAGAGGCCCUUCUGCUGCCCCGACUGCGGGAAGGGAUUCAGGCACAACUCCAACCUCGUCACCCACCGGCGCAUCCACACUGGGGAGAGGCCCUGUGAGUGUCCCCAGUGUGGAAAGAGCUUCAGCCAGGGAUCAGAGCUGGUGGUCCAUGAGCAGCUUCAUGAUGGGGAGAAGCCCUACAAGUGCUUGGAGUGUGGGAAGAGCUUCAGGCAGAGCAGCACCCUGAUCAGCCACCAGAUGAUCCACACUGGGGAAUGGGCUUACGAGUGUGGGGAAUGUGGGAAGGGCUUCAGCUACAGAUCCACCCUUGUGACCCACCAACGCAUCCACACUGGGGAGAGGCCCUAUGAGUGUCCCCAGUGUCAGAAGAGGUUUCACACCAGCUCCAAUCUCCUCCUGCAUGAGCGGAUUCACACGGAUGAGAGGCCCUUCCGCUGCCAUGACUGUGGGAAGGGCUUCAAGUACAACUCCCACCUCGUCACCCACCGGCGCAUCCACACUGGGAAGAGGUCCUAUGAGUGUCCCCAGUGUGGGAAGAGCUUCACCCACAGUUCUAACUUAACCAGACACCAACAGAGGCACCAGUAG